GAGACUUGAGUCAAUGGUGAAAUGAUUUAAGCUCCUGCUUCUUCCACUGCUUGGCUUGCAUUCUUCUCAACACUCCCAACUCUCAUAAGCCUUGGCUUCUCUUGAUCACAACAUUUCAACUGUUCGCUUGAUUGGAACACAGCAUGUCUGCCCAAUUCUUCCCAUACAGCCCCGUGGAGAAUGGAGGAAAUAAAGGAGGUCGGCCUUUGAGCUACCAGCCUCCGGCUCCGCGAUUCUAUGCCCCUCCUGCUCCUCCUAAGAUCUCUACUCCCCCGCAGUCCGAUUCUCUGCAGCCUACUCCACCCACCUCGUACCGUCAUUCGCAUUCUUUCAGCACAACUUAUGCCGGCGGUCCCGGUUACGGACAUCCUCCCGUGAACAUGCGCGAGCGAAGCAGCAGCCACUCGCUGGCUCCCACGCCAUACUACCCAGGGAGGACCAGCGCUCCCUCCUCACCACGUCUCUCUCCGUCUAGCGGUGCCCAUCUCGGCGCUCCCAACGGCCAGACACCCCAGACUCGAUCACGCAGCGGCAGCUUCUCGCCGCUCCCCAUGGCAUUGCAGCCCGGAAGCGGGCCUUCAUCGCGUCCUCACUCCCCACCUUUCAGCAGCGCAUAUCCCGGUGCUCCCAAUGGCCAGGCGCCACAGACUCGAGAACGCAGCAGCAGCUAUUCGCCACAUCCCAUGCAAUUGCAGCCUGGAAGCAGGCCCUCCUCGCGCCCUCACUCACCGUCUCUCUCCUUCACCGGUGGCGACGAGCUUCACUUUGGUGACAUUUCCCAUUCCUCGUCCCGUCAACCCUCCCCUCCGUCUUCGUCUCAGGGCUCGCUUCCUCCUGCGCUCCAGGCUACUCAGCAACUUUCUCUCCAUCCUCAAGGCGUCGACCACGGACCUCCGGCCUCUCGCGAGCGUUCUCCUUCCUCUUCCUUCCGUGGAUAUGCACCCUAUGUCGCUCCUCAGCCGCAACCUCAGCAAUUCCCUCCUCAACCUCAACAAACACCUCCGCAAACAGCCGCUCCCGCUCUCAUGUACCCGCAAGACGCCCCUGCGCCCUUGUUCAACGGCGGCUAUCCCACUGGCCCUCUCCCAUCGAUAAAUCAGCCUCCCGCAAUUAUGAACUAGCCUCCUCCAGUCAGCGCCUCUUCCUACGCUCCCCCACCUCCCCAUUACCCGCCUCCUGGCGCCGAUCCUGAAUACCCUCCACACCGC